CAAACAAACUAAUUUGAAAUAGCUCUGGCACAUCUCAAGAGCUUAAUCACAGCUGUUAUUAAGUUGCUAUGGGAACAGAUUUGUAAAAUAAAAAAACCCAUACAAAACAGUUGUUUGUUUUUAAAUGCAACAAAGCAUAAUUUUGAAAAAAAACUCUGGCCAUUUUAAAUUAGCUUCUGUGUCUUAGAUUUCUUUCUGGGUUACAAUGUCUGAUGCUUUCAUAAAAUGAAGAAAAAAAACGGAGCAAAAAAAUCUUUGCACGGAGGUGCCAAGGAAAAUGCUUCCAUCAGUGUUAAAUCAAAUGAGAAGAAACUAUUAGGCGUGUCAAAACACCAGAAUAAUCCCUCAAAAAACCCAGCCGGAAGAGGCCUUGGAAAAGCCGGAGCCAAACGUCUAGGUCGGCUUCUGAAACGAGUCGUUCUUCCUCGGGAGGAACCAGCAGCCGUAGCUGCACUUCCAAAGACUCCCGUUCGUCUUUUCAAACAUCAGAUUGAAAAGAAAGCUGAUAAUGCACCCACGGCAAAGUUCUCGAAGCAGCAGGUUUCCAAGCUCAUCCUCAAUGUGGUAUCCCAGUGCAAACAUAAAGGGGGCAUCUCAAUGGAUGAGCUCAAGGAGACACUGGCCGCCGAAGGCUAUGAUGUUGCAAAGAACAAUCGGCAAGUUAAGGUGGUGACGGAGCAGCUGGUCAACAACAAGACACUGGUGCGAACUACAAGAAACACCUCACUGAAACUCAACAAUAAGAAACUAAUAAAGAGUGUAAAGACGAGCAAAACAACAUCUCCGAAGGCCCUACAAGAGCAAGGGAAGAAGACUCCAACCAAAAAAAACCCUGCAGAAGAGACAAAAGCACAGAAAAAAAACAAAAGUCCGCCCAAAGCAAAAGCCAAAAUACAAAAAAUGCAAAGAAAUGCUGGCAAAGCAUCACCGAAGUCCAAGAAACAAAGAAAGCGGUCACCCAAACCCAUAAGAAAACCCCAAAAACAAGCCAGGAAGAGACCUCAACUCAGAAAGAACCGAUCCCUGCGAGCUCAAACGUCAACAGCAAAGACUAAAAAGACACAUAGGCAUAAACCAAAACAGGUCAGAUCUUCCAGGAAAAAGCAAUCACAAAGUCGGAAACUUCCUAAAAAAAGCUCAAAACGGCAGAAAAAGCUUAGCAGGAGUUACAGGAGAAGCUACAGCUACUAAGACUGGCAAUAAACUGAAGUAUUUUUAUCAA